AUGGCUGAGCGGUCGCAAGAUGAGGCAGCGACAGGGUCCUCGGGCUUCCUGUCCUCGGCAUUUUCCCAGAGACACAUGUAUCAAAGAAUGACCUCUGAUGAUAAGGAGAUCGACCUGACCGAUUUCAACUCAUCGCGCAGAGAAGCUGCCGAGAGCGGCACGGCCACGCAUCUGUCACCGACAAUGGAGGGUGAAAGGGCCGUGUCUCCCAACACGAUACGGUCCCCCACGGGGAAUCUCACCGAAUACAGAUCUGUGUCUCCGGUGUCAACAGUUGAGACUGGAUAUGGGUACACGUCCACACCAGAAAUCGCAGUAUCACAGGCGGAUCCCCAGAUGGAGACAACGCCUGAGGUAGCCAACGUCACGCCGGCGCUCCGCAAGCCGUCGAGGAAGUCCAAGUUCACGGAGAUGCUUAAGAGGUCUCUCUCGUCAUCAUGGGGCAAAGACUCGGGGCCGGCGCCGCGUUAUGAAGCUACUAGGGAUAUGCCGACUCGAGGCACCGCGUUCCCGGGCUCGCCAGGGUCAGACCGCGAUCCGAACUAUCUACACCCAAUCUCAGAGGACGAGGAUGGCCGGGAUUCCGACAACUUCUCCUUAAGAUACAGCCAAGCCCCAAUGGACUGUCAUUCGAGAAGAGAUGUUCACGUCCGGCGGUCAAGUUGGCUUUACGUCACACUCAUCAUCUUCUCAGUAUAUUCAACUCUAUUGAGCGGGCUCUGGUUCGUAGUGUCGAUCGUGCAGCCGCGAUACGGCAAGGGGAUUUCUUCUAGCAAUGACCCCCACUCAAUUGCACCAGCUACAGCCUCUCUCGUCACCGCGCUAUUCGCAAAGACCACCGAGUUGUCUUUCGUCACAGUGUUUGUUGCAUUUGUGGGGCAGGUCUUGACGAGAAGAGCGUUUGUCAAGACGUCUCAAGGAGUGACGCUGGCUGAAAUGACUAUGCGCAACUGGGUGAUCCAACCCGGUUCCUUGUUCACCCACUGGGACAGCAUCCCAUAUGCUGGCAGCACGUUUCUCGGGGUGUUGACACUGCUGGCCACGUUGAGUGGCAUCUUUUACACGACAGCAUCCGACGCGAUGGUGACUCCAAAGUUGAUAUUUGGUGGUUGGGAGUACCAGGAAAUGCGCGGACUAGUCAAGGCCUCUUACGGCAACCCGUACUUCGUACAGGAUACUUGUACGACGCCGAUCAAUAAGACCCUUGAUGAGUGGAACUCGGCUCCCUCGUGCCUCGAUGUCUACUACUCGGGCCAAUCAUAUCGAAACUUACUCGCAUUCAUGAAGACGUGGCAGGAACUUGAUAAUGGCAGUUCGACGGUCUCGACUGAGGAUAUCAAGGAGAGACCCAUUUCAACUGCGCUUCUCUAUGACAACACGACCCUCUACUCCUCGUGGAUUGAAACUGAGUUUAGCAACCCGGCAAAGCAGACCCGUGAAGGCAACCGAAUCAUCAACAAUGUGACUUUGGCAAUGCCGCACCCCGGAGUCUACUCGGCUGCAACAGACCCCAUCAACGGCAUUCUACAGCCCAACGACCUAUCUGGAGUCGGAGAGUACCAGAUUCGCGCCAGUGUUGCGUCACCAACGACCAAUGUUCUCUGUGCAAAUAUUGCCGAAGCUGACCUAGCCCCGCUGGUGUAUACAACGUGGCCAAACGCGAUCAACAAUGACACCGAAGUCCCAGGCCAGAAAAAGGGGUACGAUGAGUGGUACAAAGAUGUGCCGGUCGUGAGCGACAAUGAAUGGCUCAACAGGACUGUGGUGGACGAUGUCUUCCGAUGGGGAGAGAAGUACAAGCGUCGUCCACCUGUCUUCCAAUUGUUCCCGAUAGACUACAACAUGAUAACCAACACUACGGUCGUCAGCUCGGACUCUCUUUACCUGCUCGCCAAAUCCGGCAGGAUCGAGGACUAUACACUCUGCCAGAUCCGCUCGUGGAUGUCGUCCAGCUGCUCAACCCAGUUCAACAUCUCAGGGAUCGCCGGCGCCCAGAUGCGGUCGCACUGCGAGGACCCGGGGGACACGGUGGCCUACGAGCGCUCGGCACCAGGGCUGCCGGUGGCGCCUUCGGUCGACUGGAAGAACAUGGCGGACCAGUGGCGGCUCAGCAUGGACCUCAACGGCGGCGUCAGCAACAACAAUGCGUCCAACGCGCGGAUCCUGACCAACCUGAUCCUCGAGUCGCCGCGGCUGCCGCCCAUGCUGCCGUCCAUGGCCGAGGGCCUGGCCGUGCUCGCGAGCUCGACCCUCAUCAUCGGCUCGGUCGGGACCACGUACCGGCCGUACUGGGACGCGGCGUACGGGGCGUCGCAGGAGCUGAGCCCGGGCGUCUACGAGGCCUUCAACGCGACGGUCAAGACGCAGCAGUACGCGUCGGCGCACACGGCCGCGUGGCAGGCCGUCUUCUACCCGGUGCUGGGCCUGGUGUUCCUGGUCAACGUGCUGUGCCUGGCGUACCUGGUCUUCGUCUUUGGCAUGGUGACGGACUACACGGAGCCGCGCAACGCCUUCGCGCUCGCCGUCAACUCGCCGCCCGCCCGCCAGCUCGAGGGCAGCUGCGGCGGCGGGCCCCGCGGCCGCGAGCUCGUCGUCCCCUGGCGCGUCGCCUACGCCGAGUCCGCCAACCACUACUUCUUCGAGGAGGCCAGCAGCCGGCCCUGGCGCGGGCGCUUCAGCGGCCAGUCGACCGCCAGCGGCGCGAACCUGCUCGCGGACGGCACGUACGGCAAGAGCUACAAGCGGCUUAGCUCGAGCCGAACGUGGCUGUGA